UCCUGCAUCCUUCUCUCUCUCUCUUAAACAUACUACCUGUAUUAGAAAGGUAAAAGUGUGUGUGUGUGUGUGUGUGUGUGUGUGUGUGUGUGUGUGUGUGUGUGUGUGUGUGUGUGUGUGUGUGUGUGUGUGUGUGUGUGUGUGUGUGUGUGUGUGUAAACAGACCUCAGUGCUGCAGCAGUGUACAGUUGGGAAGAAGAUGAACAUCUGUUGGUCAUUUCAGGGGAGCUUGAUGGGGUAGUUUCCCUCACAGUAACGAUCCGACCUAAUCAAAGUGAACUUCCCAUGAAAUCACCAUGGAAUUAGACUCCUCCAGUAAUCUGAGCACAGUCAGCGAGCCCCCGUCCCUCCAUGACGCAUCAAACCACUCGUGCGAUUUCCUCUCCUUCUCCAAUUCUCACUACCAGCAGACUCUUGUGCCUAUCAUUUACUUUAUAAUCUUCAUCCUGGGUUUCCUCGGGAACACGCUAGCUGUGUGUGUGCUGGGCCAGAAGUCGCUAAGGUGCACCGUUGCUAACACGUACCUGUUAAACCUGGCCCUGUCUGACCUGGUGUUUUUGAUCGGGCUUCCGUUCUGGGCAGUGCACUACCUCCGGAGUUACGACUGGCCCUUUGGAUGGUUCAUGUGCAAGCUGUGCGGCUCUUUGACCUCGCUAAACACCUACGCUAGCAUCUACUUCAUCAUGGGAAUGAGCAUCGACCGAUACCGCGUCAUAGUCUACCCUCUGCAGUCGCACUGCCCCGAAAGUGUAUAUCACGCCCGCACUGUGUUUCACGCCCGGGGUGUGUGCGCCGUCAUCUGGGUCCUAGCGACUCUCACCACCAUUCCGGUGGUUGUUUUCCGGGAAACGUUUCACGCUGCAGAGUAUAACGUAACAGCCUGUGUGCUAAAAUAUCCAAACACUCAAUGGCACGGCAUGGUCACGCUCAGCAAGAACAUUUUCGGCUUCCUGAUCCCGUUAAUUGUCAUCGCGACGUGCUACAGUCGAAUCCGGUGUCACCUGCUCACAUCCCCGGAUUUGGUGGAACCCAAUUCGUUGUGUUUAGAGCGAGUGCGCCGCGUUGCCCUGGCCAUCGUCACGGCAUUCUUCUUCUGCUGGUUCCCAUUUCACACUCUGUCCUUCAUGGGUGUGCUGAAGGAGUUUGGCGUAAACUGGAGCUGUGAGGUUCAGCAGGUGAUGAGCGUCAUGAUGGCUCCCGCGCUGUGUCUCGGCUUCGCUAACUCUGCCAUCAACCCGCUGCUCUACUGCUUUGUAGGGAAUCGAUUUCGCCAGCAGCUGCGGCGCCUCUGGAAGGUGAAAGUGCAAAAGAUCGGAAAGCAGAGGAACGACUCGGUCAGCCUACAGAUCAGCUCCUUCUCACGGAAACUCAGCGAAACCAAGGACACAAUGGGCUCCAUCAGUGUGGAGGACAAGCUGUAAUUUAUAGAUUGUGCAGGAUGGAACUUGGUGAUGCAGGACGUUACGGGUCACAGGGUUCAAGCUGUUCAAGGUUUUGCUUCCUGAAACAACAGAGAUCAUGAAUGUUAGCCUCAGAUCUCUUGAACUACUAAGAAUUCUGACCACCACACCAAACAUCUCUGUAUCCAAGCCAAAGAAACAACAAACAUUUGUGAUGUUCAACUCACAAAACAGCGAGAACAAACCACCAACUUCCACCAAAGACAAGAGUGAAAGCUGCAUGUACUUGCACUAUGGAAAAUAUGUGGAUACCUGCAUUUUCCACUCAGAUGUGGUUCUUUCUCAAACUGUCAGUGCAAAGGAUGUCUUUGGAUGCAGAAGCAUGAAAUUCUCUUUUUACUUGAACUUGGAGACUCAAACCUGUUGCAGCAUGACAAUGACCCUGUGCACAAAGUCAGCUUUAUGAAGAUCUGCUUACUGUGGGUUGAUAUGGUGGAAAAUCUCCUGCUAUAGAGCUCCAACACGUUUGGACAUAUUUGAGGAUAAUUUCUUCACACUGACUGCACCCUACCUACCUGCCUCCUCACCUCACCCACAUCAGUACCUGACUUUACGAACACCCGUGUAGCCGAAUAAAUCUUCAGAAAUCUACACCAAAAUCUAAAAUAACAUCUCACCAGAAAAGUGGAGUUUAAGUUCAUACUAAUCUAAUGGUCAGGUGUCCACAAACUUUUGUCCAAACAGUGUCUCUUCAUAGCUCUUUCAUUCUCAUCAUGGUCACCCAUCAUGGUGGUGUGAAGGACGACCUGUACUGCUCCCACAUGCAGGACGCAGGAGUGGACGAUUCCCCUUUAUGGGUCAUAUGAUCAAGAUCUAGAUGUUUCCUCACACUGAAGCACUAGAAAUAAUGUUUCCAGAUGAAGCUAGCACAAGAUGUAGUGCACUAGAGAUAUUUAAGACACAUGUGUAGUAAUAUAUCUAAAGGACACAAUGUUUCACUGUUUAUUUGUUUUGACCAAACCUAUUUAGCACGUAGCACCAUAUGUUCCAGGGAGGAGAUGCUCCCCUACAUCAUGCUAACGUUAUCAUGAUGGUUUCUAGUCUGACAAACUGGUUGUAAUAUCACAAUAAAGGCACAUUUCACACA